GAUUGAGUUCUCUGAACUUUGCAGCUUUGAAGUUUGAACCGUCGAAUUUCAUUACCUGCUAAAGACCACAAUUUUGAAAAAUGGGGUUUGAACUGAUUAUGAUAGUUUUCGACCUCCUGAAACCAUUGGUUAACAUAUUUUUGACCAAAACCUACAAAAAGCCAUUGAAAAACUGAGUUUAAAAUACCAUUUUGUGUCAAAACCUACUGAGCGCCGUUUUUCUCUGUUUCCAAAACCUACUAAAGCAAUAUUUUCUUUCAAAACCUGCUAAAUCCUAUCAAAAUUGCUAGAAUUCUGAGUGAAACUGAAUCAAAAAGACAUUUUAACGAAUUUUAAUAAUUUUUUUGAUUAGAUUGAGUAGCUAUAGUCACAAAGCCAACAUAUAUUUAAAAAAUCUACAAAAUAUUCCGCCAACUUUUGCCGCAAAAUAGUGAAUUGUUUUCAUGGUGAGUAAGUUCGUGAAUCAUUUUUUUUGAAAAUUCAAACGUUUAUUAAAAAGUUACAAUUAUGGAAAAUAAUUUAGAAGAAGAUGAUGAAUAUUGCGCAUCUGCCCAAGUCACAACAGAACAUUCGAGAAAACGACGAGGUAAUCCAGCAAUGUGGAAACGAAAUCAAGCUAAAAAGGCAAAAAGAGAAUUAAGAAACAAUGGUUGCAUUUUAAAGUGCAAGCACGAUAGUGAAAGUAACCAUUGUAAGGUGAGAACCAUCGAUAUCGAUCUAAUUUACAAUUUUCAUAAGCAAUUUCAAUCGAUCGAAAGUGCUCCAGAAAGGAGGAAAUUUUUACAGAGGUGUAUUUCUCUGAAUAGCGUUGCGCGCACCAGAGUGAAAGAUGAGAAUAGAGUGCGAAGAUCCCGUAAUUACACAAUCGAAUGCUCUAUUCAGACAGACACAGGCCGCAUUAAAGUCUGUAAAACUGUUUUCUGCUCUAUUCUAAGUAUUGGCCGAGCAACUUUAGACCUUGCUGCGGAGACGUUCAUGUUGCCAAGUGAUCAGUGCGUUGAGAAGCGAGGUGGCUCCGAACCAAAAUUGACAGCUUUAAAAGAUGCUGUGAUCGAGCAUAUCAAAUCAUUCAAAGUGCGAGAACGUCAUUAUGGUCGAAAUGAUACAGUUGGACGAGUAUACUUACCAUGUGAAUUAAACAUUGUUGAAAUGCACAAAAUGUUCUUGGAAAAGUAUCCUGAUUUUAAAGACUGCAAGUAUUCGUUUUACAGAGAUGUAUUCCGUUAUAAUUUCAAUAUUGGCUUCGGUAGUAUUCGAAAAGAUAGUUGUGCAACAUGCGAGCAGUAUAAGAAUUUAUUGAAGAAUUCCGAUGAAAUUAAUCGUACUGAAUACAAUUAUGGAAGCCGGAGAGAAAUCCUACUGGAAAGAGGCCUUCACAGGAUCCGUUCGAAACGAUUUUUCAAGGAAUUGAAUCUUUUGCCGGCUGAUACGAUAACCAUCAACUUUGAUCUUAUGGCAAAUCAAGUACUACCCAAAACACCCAUCUCCGACGCAUUUUACAGUCGUCAGAUCUCUUAUCACACCUUUGGAAUCAUCAUUCAUAAAAAAAAACAGCCAAAGGAAUCUGUUCUCGAUAAAACAACCAUGUUCUUCUACAGGUGGUUAGAAACAGAAUACGGUCGUGGAAGUAAUGAAAUUGUAUCGUGUCUGAUUCACUUCUUAUCAACUACUCUCUUACCGAUUCUACGAGCUCAAAAUAUCCAUAAACUCAGAUUCUUCAGUGACUCUUGUACUGGGCAAAAUAAAAAUUACUCGGCUGUAACUACGUUGAUGGAUUUCUGUCUUCGAAAUGAAUUGGAGUUUGAAUGGUUUUUUCCGGUAAGGGGUCACUCCUACAUGCCUGCUGAUCGCUCGUUUGGACUAAUAGAACAAGGCAUGAAGAAAUUGGAUACAAUUAUCAAUCCAGAAGAAUACGAUUCGAUUAUCCGCAAUAAAGGCAAUUUGGUUAUAGUUGGCACCGAUGACGUUCCUAUUAAAGAUUAUCAAACCGCGACGUCGAAGAUUUUAAAAACUAAUAAAGGUUUUCUGAUAUCCGAAGUCAAGGUAAUUUCAUACGAUUCGAAAGAUCCGUACGUGAUAAGAAGCCGCAGUAGCUACUCAGGACUUCCCACCUCGAGCGUAAUGUUUAAAAAACCUGAAAUGAAGAAAAAGACUCCGAAGAAUCUUCUUACUCGCGUUCCAAUUGUGGAAAAGAAAAACCGAGCAUCAGCGGCUAAGAUUAAAGACGUCAGAAAGCUUAUGAGUAAGCUGAAAAUUAGAUCACCGUUCUAUGAAAAACUGUUUGCCGAUGAAAACAUCCUCGAUGAUGGAAAUGACGAAGACGAAGAAAAUGAUGAAGCUAUCACCUCUCGAAAUGAAGAUUUAUUCUAGAUUUUGUUUUUAAAAAUAACGACUUCGUAUUAUUUUUAAUCAUAUACUUUUAAAAUUAAUUUAGAUCUUAGCAUUGAGAAUAAUUUACUGUUAUUCAUCGAUCGAAUACGUAGCUGAUAAAAAUAUAGCCGCCGGAGAUUC